AGGGGGUCGGUGAAGGAUUUCCAAGGCUUUGAUGCCAGCCAGGACGCGGAGGCCUUGUACAAUGCCAUGAAGGGAUUUGGCAGUGACAAGGAAACCAUCCUCGACCUCAUCACAUCCAGAAGCAACAAGCAACGAGUGGAGAUCUGCCAAGCCUACAAGUCCCUCUACGGGAAGGACCUCAUCGCAGACCUCAAAUACGAGCUGACGGGGAAGUUUGAGCGGCUGAUCGUGAGCCUGAUGCGGCCCCCAGCUUACAGCGACGCCAAGGAGAUCAAAGAUGCCAUCGGGGGCAUCGGCACGGAUGAGAAGUGCCUCAUUGAGAUCCUUGCCUCCCGCACCAACCAGGAGAUCCACGACCUGGUGGCCGCCUACAAAGACGCCUAUGAGAGAGACCUAGAGGCUGACAUCGUUGGAGACACAUCGGGCCAUUUCAAGAAGAUGCUUGUCGUUCUGCUUCAGGGCACCAGGGAGGAGGAUGACGUGGUGAGUGAGGACCUGGUGGAGCAGGAUGCCAAGGAUCUGCUGGAAGCCGGUGAGCUGAAAUGGGGCACGGACGAGGCCCAGUUCAUCUACAUCCUUGGCCGGCGAAGCAAGCAGCACCUCCGCCUGGUCUUUGAUGAGUACCUGAAGAUUUCUGGGAAGCCGAUCGAGAGGAGCAUCCGGGCAGAGCUCUCUGGUGACUUCGAGAAGCUGAUGCUGGCUGUGGUGAAGUGCAUCAGAAGCACGGCAGAGUAUUUUGCUGAAAGGCUCUACAAGGCCAUGAAGGGGCUGGGCACGAGAGACAACACGCUGAUCCGUAUCAUGGUGUCCCGCAGUGAGAUUGACAUGCUGGACAUCCGGGAGGUGUUCAGGACCAAGUAUGAGAAAUCUCUCUAUAACAUGAUAAAGGAGGACACCUCCGGAGAGUACAAGAAGGCCCUGCUGAAGCUGUGCGGAGGGGAUGAUGAUGCCGCAGGUGAGUUCUUCCCCGAGGCGGCGCAGGUGGCCUAUCGGAUGUGGGAGCUUAGCGCGGUGGCCAAAGUAGAGCUGCGAGGAACCGUGCAGCCCACGGAAGACUUCAAUGACGACGGGGACGCGCAGGUGCUGAGGAAGGCGAUGAAGGGCCUGGGCACGGAUGAAGGGGCCAUCAUCGAGGUGGUGACGCAGAGGAGCAACGCCCAGAGGCAGCAGAUCCUAAAGGCUUACAAGGCUCACUACGGCAGGGGACUGCCAGACCUGAUGGCAGACCUGAAAUCUGAGCUGUCGGGCAGCCUGGCAAAGCUGAUCCUUGGGCUCAUGCUGACACCGCCGCAGUACGACGCCAAGCAGCUGAGGAAGGCUGUGGAGGGGGCCGGCACAGACGAGAGCAUCCUCAUCGAAAUCAUGGCCACGCGGAACAACCAGGAGAUCGCAGCUAUCAACGAGGCAUAUCAGGAAGCCUACCACAGGCGCCUGGAAGACGACCUGAGCUCCGACACAUCGGGACAUUUCAAGAGGAUUCUCGUCUCCCUGGCUCUGGGCAACCGUGAUGAAGGACCAGAGAACCUCACACAGGCGCAUGAAGAUGCCAAGGUAAGAACCGUACUGGCAAAACUUGCUGAUGUCUCCAGCAACGACUCCAGUGACUCCCUGGAGACCCGCUUCCUCAGCAUCCUCUGCACCCGCAGCUACCAUCACCUCCGCAGAGUGUUUCAGGAGUUCAUCAAAAUGACCAACCAUGACGUGGAGCACGCCAUCAGGAAGCGGAUGUCGGGAGAUGUGAGGGACGCCUUCUUGGCCAUCGUCCGGAGCGUGAAGAACAAGCCGGCCUUCUUUGCUGACAAGCUCUACAAGUCCAUGAAGGGUGCCGGCACAGAUGAGAGGACCCUCACCCGGAUCAUGAUUUCCCGGAGUGAGAUCGACCUGUUCAACAUCCGGGGCGAGUUCAUAGACCUGUUUGACAAAUCGCUGCACCACAUGAUCGAGAAGGACACCUCCGGCGACUACUGCAAGGCUCUGCUGGCCCUGUGUGGGGGGGAGGACUAGGCAGCGGCGGGAGCCCACUCUUCGUGUCCUCUUCGUGUCUGAGCCAGAACACGCGCACCCCCCGCCUUGAUGUCACUGCAGCUUCGGGGGCUUCAGGGGACGCUCGGUUCCCUGCAGAGGACAACUCACUUUGCGCUGGAAAGUGGCACCACAUUGCA